AUGGCUGAGAAGCGCAAGCUCCCUGCACGCGCCGGCCGUGAGCCUGCGGCCAAGCGACGAGUCUCCGAAGCAGCCACGCCUUCUCAAAAGAAAAAGGCUCCAACUCCUCGUGUCCCAUCGCCACCAACACCGCCGCCCCCUGAACCCGUCGAGGCUCCUUUGCCGAUAUCAAUCAAAGAUGGUGAGCCUGUGCCAGUCUUGCGUGAGCGACAGUCCGCCACCCUAUCGGACAAGGAGUACCAGUCAUACGCGGAAAGUGCAGUAAUGCUUGCGGCCCUCGAGCGAUCGAAGAAGAAGUGGCUGAGCGAUGGCAUCCUGGUUCGGUAUUAUACGAAGCCGAAGAAGACGAAACGGGAACUCAUCGAGAAGAAUAACCCACCGAAAGAUUCAAUGACAAGAGUUGGUGCUUGCGACGUGACUGUUGGACCUCAUCUUUUCGACGCGAUGAUUUACACUGUGAAAGAUCCCAACGCACCGCCAGCCAUCCAAUAUGCUCCCCCGCAGAAACAAAUGGUCCACUACGGUCAUCCGACAAACUUCCAACAAUAUCAGCCAUACCCAGGCAAUCAGAAAAGACCUCCGUACCCUCCCGCACCUCCAGGGCGCCCUCCACAUGGAUACCCAGGUACUCAUGCACCAUCGCCUCAACACCGUGGCCCGCAGGCACAACCUCAGCGACCUCCACAAGGUGGUCCAUCCGGACAACCCGCAAAGCCCAGCCCGGAUCCAGUCAUUCAAAUGCUUGCCACGAGAGCUGCCGCGGAUCCGGAAUUGAAGGCUCUUAUGAGAGUGGUCGCUUCCAGUCAAGCAUCGCAGGAGCAGCUCCGUGCUUUCCAGGCCCAUAUCGACGAGCUUAAUGCGAUCAUCAAGGCAAGAGAGCAACAAGAACGUCAGCGAAAUGCAGCAGCAGCUGCUGCUGCACCUGCACAGCCGUCACCAGCGUCCCAGCCAGCAACUCCCGCGCCACAGAAUAGACCACCCGUGCCGCAGGUUGUCAUUCACCAAAAGUCGAGCUCGACGACGACUACCCCGUCGCAAGGGCAGGGCACUACACCCCAGCCGGUGCCUCCAACUCAAACCCCAACCAAAGAACCCCCACAACAACCGGUGUCAGAAUCAAAGGCACCAUCAACAACAACGGCUUCCACGAAAACGCCAGUCGAAGCGCCGCCUCAACCUCAGACCCCUGUCCCUGCCCCUGCAACUUCAGUACAACAACCCGGCUCCAGCCAGAACUCUACCGCCACGCCAACAGUGAAGCAAGAGCCAGGAACAACGGGACCAACGAACACGCAGGCUACUCCGUCAAGCUCCGCGCAGCCGGCAGUCUCGACUCCAUCAGCAACCCCUGCUCGUACUAGCACCCCAGCCCCCAACACCACGUCACAGCUUCAGAGUCCUGCAGUGCAACCCCCUCAUACCUCCAACAAUAUUCAACAGCAGGUACCACGACCGGGUCCCCCUCAGCCUCCAUAUCAACAGCAAGCGCCGUACGCGACACAGUCUCCUGCACAGUCACGUCCACCACAAUAUGGCUCUCCCACGCCCUAUUAUCGUCCCCAGGUGCCACCGGCGCGACCUACGCCUACGCCAUUGAACUACAAGUCUGUCGUCUUUGAAUUCACAUCACCAUUGACACCCUACGGAAGUAGUACAUCUGGCCACGCUGGCUCAGGUGAUCGCUACUUGUUCCCGGAGCACUCGAUCCUGGAAUGGCUUCCCAACGAGAAUACCAUCCUAGCCUCUUUCCUUAUUGUGAAGAAGGUCGAUCCAAACACGCCAUUCCCAAUCGAGACUGCACCCGAUGCUGGAACCGGACGCGCAAAGGGCAAAGGUGCCUCGAAAUCGAAGAAGGGCGCCAAGGCAGAGAAAGCCGCUGAAACACCCACACCUGCCGACGUCCCUCCAAAGCAAGAGCCUUUGGAUGAUAAAGCCGAUGACAAACCAGGUCAAUCAGAAACGCCGGGCACGCCCGCUGGAAAAUCGUCCAGCGAGGCAAACCUCAAAGAGUACUGGCAACCAGUUACCUUCCGCAUUCACGCCGCGAAUCCCCGGAUACUGGAGCCCUUGACUCGUGUCGUCAAGCCAGCCGAUGAAGUUCGCAAGUACAUGAACGAGAUUAUGGACCGAGCUGAGCGUGCACCGGAUGGCUUCCCUGCUUUCCGGCUUCCUUAUGAAGAUGCCCGUGAGGCUUUCGAGGCGGAAAGUACACCUGCAUCUACGGCGGUAACCGCCGCAACUUCACGCAACCGUCCCUCGAAGGCUGUGGUGAAGCUGGUCGAGGAGGAAUCCGAGAUUGAGAAUAAUGUGGCAGAGGUUGAAGAGGAGGAGGAUUUGAUGGAUUUCUAUGGUGCGCCGAUGGGAAUGCCGCCCUUGCGAGUUUAA